AUGGCCUCAAUACCAAUAUCCACAACCGCCAAGGCGGCCGCAAAGAACGCCGUCACCUUCACAGCAGGUCGUGCCGCCUUCCAGCCGCGCCAGACCUACGACGUGUCGCCCAACAUCCCACGGUCCUUCUUCCUCGGCCACCACCACGCCGGCCUCGCCCGCAUGCGCCAGAGCCUCGCCACCGUCGGCCUAAUCAUUGAGUGCCGCGACUUCCGCGUGCCCAUCACCUCCUGGAACCCCCUCCUCGAACAAUCCCUCGCGGGCUCUUCCCCAGCCGAGCGCGCCCGCAUCAUCGUCUACACCCACCGCGACCUCGGCCCGGACAGCCACCCCUCCGACGACCCUUCCACCCCCUCCCUCUCCGAGUCCGCCGCCCACCACCUCCGCAACUUCCACCUCCAGCACAACCACGCCACCGAAGUCCUCUUCACCAGCACCGGGACCCCCUCUUCCAAAUCCCCCACCAACACCCCCACGGCCGCCCUCCUCUCCGCCAUCACCCGCGUCGCCCGCGACCGCGACAGCCUCACCGGCCUGCGCGCCCUCGUAGUCGGCAUGCCCAACGCCGGCAAAUCGACCCUCCUCAACGCGCUCCGCCGGCGCAGCGUCAAGGGCACGGGAGCCGCGGUGCGCGCGAGCGGCGCCAAGGUCGCGCGCACGGGAGCUAACCCCGGCGUGACGCGCAAGCUGAGCUCGCCCGUGAGGAUUGUGCCUGCCGAGGGGCAGGAUGCGUCGUUGGCGGGGGUCGGGGAGGGGGUGUUUGUGGUGGAUACGCCGGGGGUGUUUAUCCCGUACGUGUCGGACCCGGAGAAGAUGCUGAAGUUGGCGUUGGUGGGGUGCGUGAGGGAUGGGAUACUGCCGAGGGAGACGCUGGCGGAUUAUUUGCUGUUUCGGUUGAAUUUGGAUGGUGAGGCGGGGCGGGGGUAUGUGGAGAGGCUGGGGAUGGCGGGGCCGACGAACGAUGUGACGGAGUUUCUGGAGGCGGUUGCGAAGCGCGUGGGGAAGCUGGCUAAGGGCGGCGGGGCCAACUAUGAUACGGCGGCCGAGUGGGCGGUGCAGGCGUGGAGGGGCGGCGGGUUUGGCAAGGUGCUGCUGGACGAUGUCACGCCUGAGACGCUAGAGACGGCCCUGGAAGAGGCCAAGGUGACGGCGUUGAGCAUGAACCAGGCGAGGAAGAAGGGCAAGGAGGAGAGGAAGGCAAGGAACGAGGCUAAGCGGUCGAGGAUAGCGGGUGGCGGAGAAGGAGAUGGGUCAACGUGA